UUUGGUGAUUUUGUAACCAUGAAGAUAGAGUGAUCUGAUAAUUAAUGAUGUCAUCAAUCAAAAAAGAAAAAAACAACUAUUGGUAGUUAUUUUUGUGUUAUGGGGAUUAUGAUUAAUCAUGGUGCAAAAAUCUAAAAAACUAGCCAGAGAUUUUCCAUGUUUCAAGAGACCGCCACUUCUAUAUGUUGCCCAGGAGAUAAGGUUUUCAUAGGUUCAUUAGAGAUUAAUUAAGAAGAUUGGUGAUUCUAAGUUAUAACUUGAUUGGAUUGUCAUCAAUCAAGUAUCUCCUGAUAACCGCUCUUCUCUUUUUGAAGCAUAAUUGUGGAAGUUCUCUCGUUUUCAUUUAUUUUCCAAUGGUAUUUUGAUUUUUGAUUUUAUAUGGAAGAGAUUGGUGAAUCCUAUUUGAUUGGAAAGAAAAAUGAUAAACCCUAUAAUCUAAGAUCAAUGCUCUCAAGGUUUGACGGGAAGGUAACCGGGUGAUUGGAGGGGUUUUAGGAAUUUUUAGUUCCACCCAUAUUGACCCAUAAUUAAUAUCAUUCGACCAUAGUCAGCUUUCUCCUUAAAUGAUUUAUGUUUCCCUAUAACAAAAAUCUUUAAAAUUGGGGGUUUCGGAGAUCGGGCUUCCUGGUUCCGAACCAAAAAAACUACACGACAGUGCAUUCCUUCAUCUCUCCUCUCACUCUUCUCGUUUAUUUCUUUCUCUCCACUGCGUUCAGCAGUCGCCAUCCAUCGUUGCGGGCGCGUUAUCCAGGUCUUACCAAUGGCGGCAUCAAAGUCUCAGUCUCUCAAAGAAUACUUAAAAAAAUAUGAAAACACCAACGAAGUAGAGAAGAAAAAGAAGAAGAAGAAAAGUAAAAUGCCCAAGAAAGAUCCUAUGGGUGUACUCGUGGUAGACGAAGAUCCGGUGUGGCAGAAACCUGUAAAUGUUGAAGAUGAGGAAGAUUCAGCAGAUGAAGAGAAACCCCAAGUUAAUGAAGACAUUGAAGUCAAACGAAUGAAGAGAAUGGAGCAAAUUCGAUCACUUCGUCCAUAUGAUAAGAUUUCCGAGGAUGGAAGUGGUUGGACAUCUGUCACUGACACUAAAAAAAACUUGACUUCCAAUAAUACAAACCUUAAUGCAUCUCCGUCUCGUGAACGGAGAACUAGGUAUGACACACCAUCACCGGAAGCAGAACUAAACCCAUCAAAUUCUGAAAAUCAAGAUGCCGACUUGUCACCACCACGGCAAAGGCGUAGACGUGUCCCCACGCCACCACUGAAUGGAGUAGUAAGCCCAACAAACUCCAAUAACAAGGAUGCUGACCUGUCUCCACCACGCCAAAGACACAGACGUGCCCACACACCAUCAGCCGAAGGAGAAGUAAACCCAGAAAAAUAUGCAAACAAGGAUGCUGACUUGUCUCCACCACGCCAAAGGCGUAGACGUGUCCACACGCCAUCACCCGAAGGAAAAGUAAAGUUAACAAAUUAUGAAAACAAAGACGCUGACAUGUCACCACCACGCCAAAGGCGUAGACGUGUCCACACGCCUUCACCAGAACCAGAUCUUUCUCCUCCAAGGAAAAGCAGGACAGAUCAUCUGCAUUCUGAAUCCAUAGACCUCUCCCCCCCUCGACGAACUGGUAGCAAAUCAGCUGACCUGUCUCCUCCAAGAAAAAAGAAAUCUGGUUUAAUCUCAGCCCAAGAAAUCAAGAAAGAAGUACAGAGAGAUAUGAAGGAUGAGAUAUCCAGGUUCAAAAAAAUGGAUCCAUCUGUGAGUGGAAGGGCACCUGAACGCAUUUACCGUGAUAAAGAAGGAAGACGUUUAUCUAAGGAGGAGGUCGCAAAAUUAGCAGAAGGAGAAGAAAAGCCAAAGGAAGUCAAGUUGGAAUGGGGCAAAGGCUUGGUACAGAAGAGAGAAGCUGAAGCCAAAAUGCAUGACUUAGAAGCUGAGAAGGAAAAACCAUUUGCCAGGACCAGGGAUGAUCCACAACUUGACAACAUGCUGAAAGAGAGGAUCAGGUGGGGGGAUCCAAUGGCGCACUUGGUGAAGCGGAAGCAACCUGAGAUGAUCUUGGGAAAUUUGGGAGAUGAUGAGAAGAUGAAAGAGUCUGGGUUUAUGAUUCCUCAGGACAUUCCCAGCCACAGCUGGAUAAAAAGGAAAAUAGAUCCAAUACCUAAUCGUUAUGGUAUAAAACCUGGGCGUCACUGGGAUGGUGUGAACCGAAGUAAUGGAACUGAAGCUCAGUUUUUCAAAAAGAUGAAUGAGAAACAAGCUACAGAAAAAGAAGCCUAUCUGUGGUCCGUUGCUGACAUGUGAUUCAGUGCUAAUACAUGUUGUUCCUUUUAGUCUCCUCAGUGAGUUAUUGGAUACUUGUGACAACUUAGAGCUGUACAGAAUUUUGUAAUUUGUACUUUGAAUGGAACUUUUAAGUUUGUGCAAUCAAUGAAAAGGUAGGGGGUAUUAACAGGGAUGCUGAUAAGAACCUGUCAGAUUCUUAUCAAGAGAGCAACCAAGAACUUUAUCG